AUGUGGGAGGAGAACUUUGAUACAGAGCAGUCGACUAGUGAGGUUGGCCGUAAGAUAGACUACUCGCCAGUGUCAUGGCGGGAGUACUUUGAGCAGAUGGAGGAUGUGAGCGUCGGGUUGGCCGACAGCGGGGACGUCUUCAGGAUUUACAAAGCGGGGAGCGAUGGACCUCUGCUGGUUCUGCUGCAUGGAGGGGGACACUCGGCCCUGUCGUGGGCCGUCUUCGCCACAGCCAUCGCCAGCAGAGUGACCUGCAGGGUACUUGCCAUGGACCUCAGGGGUCACGGUGCCACUCUGGUCCGCCAAUCAGAUGACUUCUCAACUCAAACCAUGUCCAGCGAUGUAGCCAAUGUGAUUCGGGCCUGCUAUGGUGACACUCCUCCCCCCAUCGUCCUGAUUGGCCACGGAGUUGGUGGGGCGAUCGCGGUGCACACAGCCAGCAACAUGCUGCUACCAACCACUGUGGGUCUGGUGGCCAUAGACGUCGUGGAAGGCAGUGCGAUGGAUGCACUCCACAGCAUACAGAACUUCCUGAAGGGAAGACCCAAGUCCUUCAAGUCCAUGGACCACGCUAUAGAGUGGAGCGUCAAGAGUGGACAAAUCAGGAACCUGGAAUCUGCCAGAGUCUCGAUGGUUGGCCAGAUCAAAAGAUGUGAGGUGGAGGAGGCUGACACUCUGGAGCAGCCCAGCCCGGUGACUGACGUGGUCGUCGAGCGCAACGAAGAGUUCUACGAUCAAAGCUACGUCAACGACAAAGAAAACGCUGCCUCAGAGACUGUGUACAAGUGGCGUAUAGACCUGUCAAAGUCAGAGAAGUAUUGGGAUGGCUGGUUUAGAGGAACGUCCAACCUCUUCCUGGCCUGCAACCUACCCAAACUCCUCUUAUUGGCGGGAAUCGACCGGCUGGACAGAGAUCUGACUAUUGGCCAGAUGCAAGGUAAAUUCAUGAUGCAGGUGCUGCCCCCCUGUGGUCACGCAGUACAAGAGGACAAACCAGAGAAAGUGGCUGAGGCUGUGGCCGCCUUCCUGUUGAGACACAAGUUUGCUGAAACCAGAAGAGAAACCAAGAGCUCCAACUCUUUGACGCGAUGAGAUCUGC